UUUGUGUUGUUUCAUUAUUUACGUGAUCCUAAAGAUUAGACCUGCUCAAACACAAAUGCACGAUUUUAUUCCAGUUUUACGAUUAGUAAAGUCUUAUACUUUGCUUGAUUUGAGCUGUUUUUCACAUCCUAUCCUGUCCCCCAUAGCUGAUCCUAGUGUUAGAACAACCAUCUUCUGAUUUAUCCACAUUCACCUGGAGUACUGUACUAUUUGUUUGGGUGACUGUUCACCAAAUUGCAGAAACUGCAGAAAAAAGAAAGUAAGUUUACCAAGUUCCCAAAGCAAUAAUCAGUGAAGCACAGGCUUAACUUUGGGGUCAUUUUACUUUGCAAUACAUUAACAUGGAAAUGUGAUUCAAACUUUAAACUGGUCACUAAACCAGGGAUUUAAAUUGGUUAAAUGGACAUUUUGAUGACUAGAAGGGUUUUCUCACAAUCCCACUUUUCCCCCACCAUUUCUGAUUUUAUGAUAGGUGUGUAUGGCAGAAUGUUCAGAGCUGGAGUGGAGGGAAGAUGACAAAUUAUCUAAAAAUCUUCUGUAUAAAUUGCUCUCACUCCCACAGUUUUUAAUUGUACUUACAUAGGAAAAUGUGUUCUUCUUCUCUGGUGCUAAUUUAGAGACAAACAAACCAACAGUUGUCUCUUCUCUGCAGUCAUGGAGAGACAGCAGCACCACCCAAAUGCUUAACUUUCUAUUUCAAUAGAGCAUAGAAAAUUCAGGGUGGGAAAAAACCAAACAGCACCUCUCCUCUCUCUUUCUAAUGGUCUAAUUUUUAACUUUAUUCACACAAAUGAGAUAUAUUCUUGUCAGCAGCUGGGAUUUCUCUUUGUCUCCCUCAGUAAAUCUGCCCUUUCAGAUAGUUACACAAAGCCUACCAGCAGUGUUAAUUUUGGUUACGCACCAAACAUCAGACACGCCAGUUAUUAUUGACCAUUAUUGGAUUUUUUUUUUUAAUUAUUGUUUUUUUUGAUGAGUUUUAGGACUUUAGGGUGAAGUUAACGUAGUGUAUGCAAGUGUUGCUGGUGUAUGUAUGGACUCUGCACGUCAAGACCAUCAGCAGCCUGAGUGUCCAACACAAUAAGCUGUAAAUAAAGAAAAUUAAACAUAAUGAACAGUGAUAAACAUCUGACUUUCAACUGUUUGUACCUGUUACCCCAUUAGAAUCCCUCAAGAAUCAAUGUGUCUAAGCCCCACCCCCUACAUCAGUGUUGCUGCACCUGUAUUUCAGUUCUAGCAUGGUAACACUGACUGUAUGUAAAGGCAGAUGACUUGAGAGCUGCCACAAAGCGAAGUGAAAACAUCUGGAUCGCCCCCUGGUGGCUGGCUGCAGUACAGCUCAUAAGCUGCAGACACAUAGUUUACAGUGAUAAUGAUAGUGAAUACAGAAACUAUAGACAAUAAGAGAACAAUUUCUGCUGUUGAACAGCGAGUUGUUGUUUUCAGACAGCUGAAAUUAGAACUGCUGCUGGCAGAUUUUAACGGGAGCUCUGAACCAAGUCUUUUAUUGAAGAAUAGGUGGCACUUUGCAUUAUAGCUACAGUAACACAGUGGGUUAAUAGGUUGAUAAUAAAGAGGUAGCAAUAAGGUAACACCAUGUAAUUACCAAAGUAAUACCUCUGUAGUAGCUCGGUAGUAACAAUGCAUAUAUCUAAGUUGUAUUCGACUGAAAUUUAUAGAACAGGAGGGAAAAAAACAGCCAGACAGAACUAUUACUUAGUAGCACAUAUAUAAUUGUGGAACCCCUAAACAAUAAACUGGUUAUAUAGGUGCAAUAUGUUGAUAUAACAGAACAAUGUUAAUUGUAAUGUGACAGGAACUUUGAACAUUUUGUAUUUUAGGAGUUGCGGUGAUCAUGAUUUAAAUCACAAACAGCAUUUUAAAACGACAGCAGCUACUGGAUCCUGAACCAGACAGCUGGGCUGAGAAUAAUCUAAAGAGGCUGGGAUUGUUGAGUCUGACAGCAUGACAGAAAGGUUCCCUGCAGAGAAACCUUUUGUUCCAGUCUCACUCUGAAAUCUCGAGAUAUUCAGACCAGAGGGCACAACAACACUAAUGAAAACGGCUGAAGAAUUUUUCUGACCACGAAGAGUCUUCCAAAGAGCUGGCUGGAACUGGCUGAUUAUUACUUUAAUGUUGGUGUCUUAAUUACUUCUCUUCACCAUAAUGUUUACUAAAUUUAAGUCCAGUUUGGGGGCAGUUUCAUCAGCAGUUUCAUCAUUAUUUUCAGAGCCAAAAUCAAAUGUUGCUGAAGGAGCAGAGCAAAACAAGACUUUUUUUGGUUCUUCUCCUGUUACUUCACCAACAAGUAGUUAUAUUUCAAAGAAGCCAGAGUGCAUUAAACGUCUUGCUGAAUCGGUCAAAGACAAAAGUAAGUUGAUAAAACCCCAGAGAGGUCCUCUUCCUGUUCAUGUAAUCCCCCUGAAAACAGAACAUAUCAAUGUUGUUGGGUGCAGACGUUUCAGCUUCGGUAAAGACUCCCCUAAGCGUAAUCGCACCAUCAUGGUUCUCGGAGCAACUGGUGCUGGAAAAUCGACUCUUAUCAAUGGGAUGAUCAAUUACAUUCUAGGGGUUGAAUGGGAGGAUUCAUUUCGGUUUAAGUUAGUUGCUGAGGAUGAGUCGAGAUCACAAGCUGAAAGUCAGACCUCUGAAGUCACGGUGUACAAAAUCAACCACCAGGAGGGCUUUAAAAUAGACUACUCACUGACCAUUGUUGACACUCCAGGGUUUGGAGACACAAGAGGCAUAGAAAGAGACAAAGAGAUCACAGAACAGCUACGCCGUCUUUUCUCUGCUAAGCUCGGUGUCAGUGAUAUCGAUGCCGUGUGUUUCGUAGCUCAGGCUUCGUUAGCACGACUCACACCAACGCAGAAAUACGUCUUUGAUUCUGUGCUCUCAAUCUUUGGCAAAGACGUGGCAGAAAACAUCAGAAUUCUGGUGACGUUUGCAGAUGGCCAGCGUCCACCAGUUAUAGAGGCGAUCAAUGUUGCUGAUGUCCCUUGUCCAAAAGCAAAAGACGGGCUGCCAGUUCACUUCAAAUUCAAUAACUCAGCGCUGUAUGCACACAACAAAUCCUCUGCAGCAAACAGCAUGAAUGGGGAUGAUGAAGAUGAUGGAGACUUUGAUAAGAUGUUUUGGAACAUGGGGACAAAAAGCAUGAAGAGGUUCUUUGUUGCUCUGAAUUUCAUAACGACUAAAAGUUUGACAAUGACGAAAGAGGUCCUCAGAGAAAGAGAGCAGCUUCAGAACUCCAUCGAAAAUUUGCAGAAGCAGGUUAAAGCUGGGUUAGCCAAGCUGGAGGAGAUUAAAGUGACAGCUGAAACCCUGAAGGACCACGAGGCAGAGAUCAGCAGAAACGAGAACUUUGAAUUUGAAAUUACUGUCAUGAAGCCUGUCCAAGCAGAUAUUUCUGGUUCUGGAAACUUCAUCACCAACUGUCAGCAGUGCCAUCAUACCUGUCACUAUCCCUGUGGAAUACCCAACGAUGCAGAUAAAAGAGGCUGUGUUGCAAUGGGAUCAGACGGAAACUGUACUGAGUGUCCAGGCAGAUGUCACUGGAAUGUCCAUUUCAAUCAGAGGUACAGAUGGGACUAUGAAGAAGUCAUAGAAAAACAAACCAAAAAAGAGCUGGAAAAAAAGUACCUGAAAGCCACAGAGGCAAAGAUAUCUGUUCAGGGAUUGAUCGGAAGACUGCAUGAUCAAUAUAAUUAUGUGCAGGCUGAGGUUGUGAAAUUGAUGGAGAAAUCUGCAAAUUGUUUAAACAGACUUAAAGAGAUAGCACUGAAGCCCAAUCCUCUCUCCACGCCAGAGUACAUCGACAUGCUUAUUGAGGGAGAGAAAUCAGAGGCCAAACCUGGCUGGAAGCAGCGAAUUCAGUAUCUGAUAACCAUGAGAGAAAAAGCAGAGUACAUGGCUAAAAUUGUAAAAGGAGAGGACCUCCUCCAGAGUCCACCCAGCUUUAGUCAAGACCAAGCAAAGAAGACGCCCCAACAAGACAACACUGACCCCAACGAAGGCCAGGACAGUGAGCCUGAUACUAACCCAGACCAAGACAAGUCUGAUUUGGACGGAGACAAAGGCCAGGACAGUGAGCCUGAUACUAACCCAGACCAAGACAAGUCUGAUUAGGAUGGAGAGAAAGGCCAGGACAGUUAGCUUGACAAAAACCUAGAUAAAGUCCAAUUCUUAGGCCAACAAAGGCCAAGAUGGUGCUUGGGCUGCAACUCAGCAAGACUAAGAACACACUCGAGAACAGUCUCACCCAAGACGAAACCAAGAUCAGCCGAGACAAAAAAGCAGAGUCUUCGGGUCCUCUUAUUGUGCUGAGUACUAAGACUUAACUUUAGUGGCUUUAGUUAACAGGAGUGCACACACAGACUUCUCCAGCACCAGAACCUUUGCUGUGUUCUGUAGUUUUGUAGUUUUGCCUCUGGUUUUAUUCAUGUUAGGUUUAGUCACUUUAGACUGCCUUCCUUCUUCACCUCUCUCACUCUGUCCUGGAAGUUAUAGCAAUAGGAAAUGAAAUGCACCCUAAGCUUCACUGAAAUGAUACAUUUCUCUGAAUUUAAACAUUGUUAUGCUAACAACCAAACAAAAUGUGUAUUGUUAAUUUGAUUUGUUUUUUUACUGAGAUGGCCUGUGUGCGUGAAGAGCCAGAGCAUGUGGUGAUGAAUUCUUUUUCUGAACAAACUGUUUUUAAUAUCCAUGAACAUCAGCUGGGCCCAAACUCGCUUGCUUCAUCAGGUGUUUUAUAAUCGCCUUCAGGUGAUGAACACAUGGUUCCUCAGUACAUUGCAGUCAGAGUUUUGUGCGUUUGUUUAUUAUACAUUAUAUAUACAUAUACAAGUUAAAUUAUAAGUUUUGAAGUUUAUAAAAGUACGUAAAACAGAUUAAAUUCCAUCUUUUUUUAGGAUUUAAAUUGUUUGGAAAUUUGCAUUCAUAUUUAUAAUAACAUUAAGGCAGAAUAGAUUUCUUCUUCAUUUCAUCUUCGUGAGCCUUCGGUCUGCCUUGAAUCAGUGACUGCAGUUUUGCUUGUCCUUUACACAACAGGACAGACAGGUGUCCACAUGACCACAACUUCCUGUCAGGUGUUUGUGUUUCACCUUUCUGUCUUCUCACAUUCAUCACUUGCAAAGUUCAUUCAUUGUUUUCUUCAGACAAAUAAACAUUAUUUGUGUGCACCA